GAGAUGGUAGCGGUGGCGGAGAGCAGCGAUGCCAGGACCGGUGCAGGACGGUGGCUGCCGCCGCACUCGCCCUCGGGCCUGGUGCUGCAGACGGUGGAGAUGCACACGGGCGGCGAGCCGCUGCGCAUCAUCCCGCGGCUAGAGGCGGCAGAAGAGGCAGCGGCGGUGGAAGGACUAUCGCUGCUGUCGCUGCGGAGGGAGGUGGCGGCCACACAGGACCACGUGCGGCGGGCGCUAAUGCACGAGCCGCGGGGGCACGGCGGCAUGUACGGCGCGGUGGUGGUGCGGGGAGCAGCUGACGCUGUCGACGCGCACCUGGCAGUCCUCUUCCUGCACGGCGCCGGCUACAGCGCUAUGUGCGGCCACGCUGUCAUCGCUCUUGGCCGCUUCGCCCUCGACUAUGGGCUGGUGGCGGCACCCAGCUGCCCUGAGACCGCUGUCCACCUGCGCUGCCCCUGCGGGCCUGUCACUGCCUUUGUGCCCUGGGAUGGUCACCGCAGUGGCAACCCUGUCCGCUUCCACAGUGUGCCAGCCUUUCCUGUCACCACAGACUUGGCCAUCGACGUCCCCAGUUAUGGGAAGGUGGUGGUCGACAUUGGCUAUGGUGGUACUUUCUAUGCCUUCCUCAACGCUGAGCAGCUGGGCCUUGAUGUGUGCUCUUCGAAGACCAGAGACCUUGUCAAUGCGGCGACUGCAGUGACAGAAGCAGUGAAGAAACAGUUCAAGCUUUAUCACCCUGAAAGCGAAGACUUGGCUUUUCUCUACGGCACCAUACUGACCGAUGGGAAAGAUGCCUUUAGUGAGGAGCCCACCACCAACAUCUGUGUGUUUGCAGAUGAACAGGUUGACCGAAGUCCAACAGGAUCGGGUGUGACAGCUCGCAUCGCCUUGCAGUACCAUAAGGGACUCAUCCAGCUUAAUCAGACCAGAACCUUUCGGAGCAGCACCACAGGAUCCUUGUUCACAGGGAAGGCAGUGAAGGCAACCAAGUUGGGUGACUACAACGCUGUUGUUGUGGAAGUCUCAGGAGAAGCCUUUUACAUCGGUACGACCACCUUCACUGUGGAAGAGGAGGACCCAUUGAAACAUGGCUUCUUCUUCAAGUGACCCGAGCCAUGGCAUGGUGGCAAAGCCUCACUGAUGGUUCUGCACUUCUCCUGCCCAUGCAUUUCUGUUUUGCUUCUCCACACGGCUCAUUGCAAUAUGCCAGAGCAACAGGAAUAGCCCUUGGUGGUGUGACAGCAUCUGCUAUGUUUCAAGCUAACAGGCCAUGUUCCCCUGUUGUGAUUAGCAUAUUGGGUGCAGUGUGAUUAUCAUAUAUGGGCUGCUCUGAGAACCCAUCAUAUUUUUUUUCUCAAUAAUUAUUUGCAGAAAAUGUAGCUGAUCUUGGAGAUCUGUCUUCCAAUUUAUGUGCCUUCUCUGUAAAUUACUAAUUUCAAAGCCAGAUUCCUAUUAAAUGCAGCUGAAAAACAC